AAAAUUUAUGCAUAGACAUGAAUUUAUUUAUUUUAAGACUCGCAAUAAUAUUAUUUGCAAUACAUUUUUUUUGAAAAACGCUUGAGCAUAAAUCCAACAAAUUAGCGAAUAAAGAAAAAUUUGUAUUCAUUGUCCGAAGUAUGUUUUCUCCAGAAAUUUGAUAAAAUAUAUUUAAAGAAACAAAGGAUGCGGAAAUACGGUAACAAGUAAAAAAAUUCUACCUGGUUUUAUUAAUUAGAAGUAUAAAUAGUUAGCAAAUUGAAAAUAAUUUACAGUCACUGAAAAUAGAUAUUGAUGAAUAAACUUUUGUUACCACGGUAAGAAUUUAAGUUUUUUAAGAAUUUAACUACUUUAGUUGAUACGAAUUGGGUAAAAAAUGGUAAUAUAUUGAUAUAAGUUAGAAUUGAUAGGAUAUAAUUAGAAAAAAAAAAAAAAAAAAACAUAUUGUUGUUUUUUACAGGCAUUCAGUUUUAAUUUUUUUAACUUUUUUUUAAGUAAAUUAUUUUUCAAGAACUGAUUCAAAGUACACGAUGUCGCUUCUAUUUUUUACGAUACUAAAACUAUGUGUUUUAAUAACUUUUGCAUACGACAUUGAUUAUAUGCACCCCAAAGUCGAUCCAGUUGAUGUAAAAACAUAUGAGAAAAAUUUCGGCUGGGCUGUUGGCAUUUUUAAACACGUUAAACAUAAUAAAUUAUUCAUUUGUCAAGGUGCACUCAUUAAUCCAACAGUUGUUUUAGCUCCAGGUUUAUGCAUUACAAAAGGUACAAGAUUAUCACAUCUGAAAGUGCAUAGCUACGAUCCGAUAAUCAGUCAGCCCAAAAGAAAUCUUAAUUUACCGAUUUCACAUGUUGAACGUAAUGUUGUUAAAAUUUUUUACCACUGGAAAUCAACUCAUGAUGAUCGUACUACAGUAUCCAAGCGUAAUCUUAUAAUGAUGGUUCUUGACAUCGCUAUAAUUUAUUAUCCAGCGAUCGGAAUUUUACAACCGUCGAUGGAGAAAAGUGUAAAUUACGAUGGAUGUCUUCUUGUGAGUCUCUUUGAUCAUAUUCGAAGUCCGGUUAUAUUAGAAAAGCGAAAUGCAACGUACAUGGAAGUAUCAAAGUGUCAAUCAAAAUCAAUUAUUACGCCUAUAAAUGAAGCAAGAUUUUCAGAAACACCUGAGACAACUCUCUGUGCUGCUUUCAAUGAAAUAAUUGCUAAACCAUUACCAAUCGGUAGCACUUUAAUAUGUCGAUACAAUGAAGAUCCGGCUACUUUAUUUUUAGCUGCAAUGCUUUUGAAACACAACCAACAUUGGUCCAAACAUCUUAAAAUAGAAGGCACAGCGUCUUGGAUAAAUAAGACUCUGAAUGAAUAUAAAAAAAAUACUAAUUAAAUGAUUUACUAAAUAAUGAUCUGAAAAAUUAAAUGGUAUUUUUUUUUACAUCUGAAUAUCAUAUUAUUGUAGUUUAUAUUAAUAAUGAUAAUAAAAAUAUUUACCUUUUAAUUAUAAAA